AAUUAAGUCUUUGAGCUCCAUGAGCAUGUUCCGUGUUUUGCUUUUCAUAUUGCAUGUUCUACUGCUACUGAGGACGAGUUGCGGUGUGAAGAAGAAUCACUCAUGUGCCGCUUCGUCUUGUGGUGAGGUUCGUGACAUACACUAUCCUUUUCGAUUGAAAGGUGACCCGAAAGGCUGCGGCCGCUCUGAGUAUGAGCUAGCUUGUGAAAAUAAUCGCACCGUUCUAUAUUUGUAUGCUGGUCGAUAUUAUGUGAAAUCGAUUUACUAUAACAAUGAUUCCAUAUAUGAUUUCUAUGGUAAUAUCACGGUGGUUGACGAUGGACUGCAAAAAAGUAAUUGCUCAUCCCUCCCUCGUUACUCAUUGGCGAGUUCCAACUUUAGUGAUUAUGAUCCAUACAGUUAUUUUGAUGUAUCCUCAUAUGUGCCGGUGGUCUUCAUGAAGUGCUCGCAGCCCAUUGCUUCUGUUGCUUCUGCUUGGUAUAUCAAUACUGAACCAUGUAUUGAGGGAGCAUACCCUUCUGAUACGCCCCCUAAUAUUUCCCAAAUGAAGGGGUACUCAUACGCUGUGUAUGGGUUUCCAGAAGAUCUACAUGUAGGGGACAUCAAGGAUUCUUGCAACAUAACCAUGAUGACUCUCUUCUCGCUUUAUAACCGGCUGUCGAAAAUGUAUGGGUAUAAUCGUGUGAGCCCGACGUAUAAGGACCUCCACAACAUGAUGGCUUGUGUGAGCCCAACGUAUGUGGACCUCCACAACAGGAUGGCUGAAGGAUUCAGGCUCUAUUAUUCUGGACCUCUUUCUCCGCCACCUCCACCGCCUCCCCCACCUCCGCCGCCUCCGAUGUCUCCGCAGCCUCCGCUGCAGCCUCCGACGUCUCCGCAGCCUCCGUCGUCUUCCACCGUCUUCCCCGUCUUUGCCGUCCUCCUGGUCUUUGCUGUCUUCGCCGUCUUCGCUGUCUGUGCUGUCUUCACCGUCUUCAUCGUCUACGCCAUCUCCGCCGUCUCCGCCGUCUCAGGCUCUGGUGUCUCCACCGUCUCCGGCGUCUCUGCUGUCUCCGGCGUCUCCGGCGUCUCCGCCCUCAUCGCUAUCUCCACCGUCUCUACCGUCUCUGCCGUCUUUGCCAUCUUCGCCAUCUUCGUCGGUAAUUUUCUGCCUUUGUGUGAUUAUGUACCCAGAGGUGUGGUGCGAACCAUAUUACUCCUGUAA